CCAUUUCACCUUGACAUCAGCUGCAGGAAAAUACACGCUGUGUUGUUUGUAUACUCAAACGAACAAAAAUGCAGAGAAUAAUUGUAACAACUGUGAUAUUAGGCAGCCUGGCCACUGUAGCCUGGGCUGGUAUGUGUGUAGUAUGCCGGUCAGACCGCGAUUCCGGCUGUGGUGAGACGAUGGACAUGAAGAUUGUGAACGACUAUGCAAUGAAGUGCAACUCAAGUGUAUGCGACAAGAGGGUCAACGAUGAGAUUCAUAAACUCGUGAUUCGGCAGUGUGGCUCGGACGCGGCAGUGGACGAGGAAUACUUCUCCCACAAAUGUAAGGAACUGACAAAUAUCAAGGUGUGUAAAUGUAAGGGAGACAUGUGCAAUGGUCAGUCCCAAAUAAGGUCCAGUCUGAGCAUGCUUACCGGCGUUCUAUUGGUCGUCAUUGCAGUUAUACGAUAAAAAGCACUCGGACAAUACUAUAAGAAAAGACACAUGUAAAACAAAUAUUGUAUACCCUUAUAUGGACAUCACAAUUAUCAUAGGCUGUAAACGUGAACCAUUGAAAAACUUGUUUUUUUGUACCAAAACUGAGACCAUUAACAUCACUAUUGACCAUGGAGGAUGUUGGCAGUACUUUUCUACAGAGUGAAUAUACGUAACUCGACCGAGAAUUUGUAUAUAACUUUGUAUACUUUGAGACGUCUGUCACAUUUGAUUUUAAUGAUAGAAUUUGAGGAAUUGUAAUGUCAUUUUAGUCUUGAAUAUUAGUGAUAUCAUGUUAGAAUUUGAAUGAUGGCGACUUCAUUGUUAUUUGAGUGAUGUUGUCGUCAUUGUAGAGUCUGAGUGAUGCUGACGUCAUUUUAGCGUUUGAGUGAUGCUGACGUCAUUUUAAAGUCGGAGUGAUUCUAAAGUCGCUUAAGAGUAUGAAUAACGUAAACGUCAUUUUAAAUUUUGAGUGAUGCUAACGACAUUUAGAGUCUGAGUGAUGCUGACGUCAUUGCAGAGUCUGAGUGAUUGUGGCGUCAUUUUAAAAUCUGGGUGAUGUUAACGAUUUUAUGCAAACUUUUACUUAACAGUUCCACGCAUUAUUGUAUAAAUUGUAGUCGUUGUUGCCAAGGUAACAGAUCAAACAGCCAAAACGUUGCCAAACGCUAUUCUGAUUUAUUAUUGGAUUUCAAUACCUUUUGUGCUAUUCUUGUGCAGUGUCUUAAUUUGAUAGUCGGAAAGUUGUGAUAUUCUUUGACACUAUGUGUAAUGUAUGUAAUCAAGAGAAGACUUGCAUUUAAAAAAUUACGAAACAAAUAGAAUGCCGAAUGAUUGUUUGAUAUUUCAUCUUUUACCCAACAUAUUGAUGCUUUGUAUUUUGAAUAUUUUCUUCGUUUAGGUUGAAAUGAUGAGAAUGUGUGUUGUUAUCAUGAUACAUGUCACAUUAUGUAUAAAUGAUCAUCUUCUAGGUCCUCAUUUGAUAACAGUAUUCAGGAACUGAUUUAUAAAGUGUGGUGGUUGCCAUAGACGUCGUUCGAACGUCAUGUUGAAAUGUAUUCAAAUGUAUGAUAUUUUCAUGUAGCUAUGUAAACAAUAGUUUUAGAUGGCAGAUAUAGCCUCAGUAGUGUGAAAUAAAGAAUUCUAUACAGAUUGUUGGCAGUGUGUGUAAAACAUAGCAUGAAAUAGACUAAGUCUAGGUAAUUACACUAUCAUUCCUCUUAAGCUUUUCGGUGCUCAGUCUGGUUUUCUUUCCAGUUAUGAAUUUGAUGUGCUGUACUUAAAUAAAGAAUUAUUUCAA